GGGAUUUGAUGGCAUUUUGUAGGAGGAGAAUCUCAGCUGCUGGAGGCUGAGCUUCCUGUCCGUCCGCAUCCCGACGCGCGGAGGAACAAGACGAGCAUUCAUUCACCAAACAGAAGCCGAAGCCUAUCAGUGAUUCAGCAGCAGCAGGAGGAGGAUUAGUGCUCUGCAACCGAGCCACGCACGGGAGGAUUCUGUAAAAUAAAAUAAAAACUUCUCCCGUCUGCGCCGAAAUCUGCGCUAAAUUCUGGAUUUCCGCUGGAUGCGUGGAGCGCGCUGGAGCGGUCCAGGGGUGUAGCCGCGGUGCGUGUUUCCUGCGCUGAGCCACGGUGGUGCAUGUGAGGGAGGCGGAGGAGGAGCAGCCGGAGUGGCCGAGCAGUCAGAAGGAUGCUGGAGGGCAAUGCCUGCAGAACGAGAGGAUGAGAUUUGUCGAAAGGCGCUGGGGCUGCUGUCCGACCUGUGCUCCAAGGGCGAGGUGCAGGACGACAGCUGCCUGGAUUUCAUCUACUACUUCAGGGACCUAGCCAGACCCAGAUACACCGACUCAGAUGUGUCGGUGAGCCUGCUGUCCCUGCUGGUGACCACCUGUGGCCUGGCCCUCUUCAGCGUCUCGCUCUUCGUAUCAUGGAAGCUCUGCUGGGUGCCGCUCAGUGGACGCUUCCUCCCCGACGUCCUCAAGGGGGCGCACUUCCUGGGAGGAGACCAGCAGCCCGUCCUCACCGAGGUGGAAGGGGAGGAGAGGGAGUACAGCGAGGAUGGCUGUGUGAAGGAGCCUUCAGGGCCGCCGUCGGGUGUCGGCGUCCCAGAAUCUGGUCUGAAGAUCAGCCAUACAUCGCCUGACAUCCCCCUGGAGACCCAGACCAAGGUGGAGAAGAACCAGGUCCACACUCUGGCCAGGGACCGGGUUCAGAGGCAGAUCACUGAGCCUACCUCCUCUGUACGGCACAACUCCAUCCGCCGACAGAUGAACUUGUCUAAUCCGGACUUCAACCCAGCUCAGUUCCAGCGUCAGGAGUCUCUGUCUGGUUUGGGUCGGAUCAAACCAGAACUCUACAAGCAGAGGUCAGUGGAUGCAGAAGACGGGCGCCGGACCGACAGCUGUGGGCGUCUCCACUUCAUCCUCAAGUUCGACUUUGACCUGGAGCAGCUGAUCGUGAAGAUCCACAAGGCCCAGGACCUUCCCGCCAAGGACUUCUCAGGGACCUCCGAUCCUUACGUCAAGAUCUACCUGCUGCCUGACCGCAAAACCAAGCACCAGACCAAGGUGCACCGAAAGACACUCAACCCAGUGUUCGAUGAGGUGUUUCUGUUUCCCGUGGCUUACGCCGAGCUCUCAAACCGGAAGCUGCACUUCAGCGUCUACGACUUCGACCGAUUCUCUCGGCAUGAUUUGAUCGGUCAGGUGGUGGUGGACAACUUCCUGGAUCUGGCCGAUUUUCCACGGGAGACAAAACUGUGCCGGGACAUUCAGUAUGUGACCUCGGACAACGUGGACCUUGGAGAGCUGAUGUUCUCGCUGUGCUAUCUCCCCACGGCCGGCCGGCUCACCAUCACCAUGAUCAAAGCCAGAAAUCUCAAAGCCAUGGACAUCACUGGAGCUUCAGAUCCGUACGUAAAAGUGUCUUUGAUGUGUGAAGGCCGGAGGCUAAAGAAGAGAAAGACGUCGACGAAGCGUAACACUCUGAACCCGGUGUACAAUGAAGCCAUUGUGUUUGAUGUUCCACCCGAGAACAUCGACCAGAUCAGCCUGCUUAUAGCCGUCAUGGACUACGAUCGGGUCGGACACAACGAGGUGAUCGGGGUGUGCAGGGUCGGCAACGAGGCCGAGAGUUUGGGCCGAGACCACUGGAGCGAGAUGCUGACGUACCCACGAAAACCCAUCGCACACUGGCACCCACUUAUAGAGUGGGUCGGACAGGGACCGACGGUUAGCGGCAGCCAAGGAGGAUCCACCAACUCCCUGAAGACACCUCCAUCACCGUGACCACACAUCAAACAAUCACUCUUAAGAGGCUCAGGGUGGUAGAAAGAUGGACGAGGGACCAACAGAAGGUCCUAAAUAGACGUUAAAGCAGACUAACCAUCAGUAGAUCCAUCAGCUAGCAGCUAUCACUCCAACUGAGGCGUCAUUAGACUGAGCUUUAGUGCUAAGACUGUUGCAGAGGCUAACACCCACUUCUUACUUCCUCUUGUGUCUUCACAACCAAAACUAACUACAUUCCAAGUGAGCUACUACUUUUGUUUGUCAUAUCGAGCUGUUUACUGACAGUAUUAACAGGUUAACAGGCCCAGCUUUUGUUCUUCUUUUUUACUUCUUAGCAAAAUCGCAGUUUGUGGACCAAAAUCGUUUGUUUUUAGGCGAAAGUGUGGCGCUGUAACUGUGUGAGUGAUCCGCUAUCAUAGACAAAGUAUUUGCUCAGUAGUAAGAGUUAGAAGCGACCUGUUCAAGACUCUUUUGGACAUUUUUGCGUUGGAACUCGUCAUGCGUUGGUUUAACAGUUUGUGUUGGAUGGUUUUGUGGCAGAACAUUUCCAGUAAAGACGUAAACUGAAGAGUAAAACAGCUGGCAGAUUAAACAUAAAGUGUUUUAUUAUGUGCAUGUUAAAUUGUCAUACUUUGUUAGCAGGGUGUGGUCAAAAUAAAGGAAACACAAGCGGAAUAGUUGUCAUUAUUGCUUGUUCUGGCAUAAAGGGCAGUCGGUUCUUACUCUCUAAGGCAGAGUGAUGAAGCUUUUGAGUGAUUCUUUUGGUUUUUUACAACGUGAUUGUUCAUUUUUUGCAGUUUUGGACUACAUUUGUUGUGGUAGUCAAGGCUGUUUUCCUCUCCAGGAACUCUCAGGCCAUUUUAAGAUGACCUCAACCUUCUUAUCCAUCUUCUGCCAACUAGAACCGACUGUAGAAAGAGUUUCAGAGCCGUUUUCAUGGUUGAACAAGCUCAUAGUUCAGGGUGCGGUCUUCAGAUCAUCCUGAAAAACUCCUGCAGAGGUCUUGAUGGUGAUUAUUUGGACUCAGAGAGACUCGAUAACCCAAUAAUCGUAAAGAUAAAUCAUUGUACAAUGGAAAUUACCUAACAUGCUAAUAGAGCUAUUUUUAAUCAGACAUUCACCACAAAGAUUGCUCGCUUACGUUAGCCGUUUAAAUUAAAGAAUACUGUUUGAGUAGGCUACCUGGAAUCCAUUGAGUGUCACAGAAGCCUUUGUCAUGGUGCCCAUUGCUAGUUAAAGUCCCACAAUGCUCUUUGCUUGAGCAAGUUUCCUCUGGUCUCUACAGUAUUAAACGUAAAGAGACUCCACCUGGUGGAACAACCAGGAACUACAGCUGAUCUACAUUUUUUGACAUGUACGACCUUCUUUGUUUCCUGCCUUAUCCGUUGACAUUUUUAAUCGGUUAAAAAAAAUAAGAUAAAGCUAACAUCGUGCAUCAUAAUGAAAUGGAAAUUCUGAAAAGUCAGUUGCAUAGCUUGUUUAGUAAAAGUUAGCACCGUCUUGUGCCUGCAGUGGGAAGUCAGGAAUUAAACCGGUGCUCUUAUGCUGAAAGAAUUUUUAGUAUUGUAGCUAUUCUGACGCAAACGGAAAACAAAAUGGUCCAAAAAAUACUAUUAACUAAUAUGGCUUACGACCAGAUUUUAGCUACAGAGUAAUAGAUUAUAAUGCAGGACUUGUUUGGGUUUACAUUGUACUUAAAGCUGCAUUAAGUGAUUUGUUUUUGUCCUCGAGGGGAAGCUUUUCUUUUAACACAUCCAGCAGACAAGGAGCAACACUAUCAGUCCUAUUUUAAUGACAAAGCCAUCUGUCCUUCCUUUGGGAAGUAUUUGCCAUUUUUGCACAUAAAUGUUUGUUUACUUUAUAAAUGUGCCAUUUGGUCCUUGGCACGAAGCAUGUAGUCAUUUUUUCUGGACUGUAGAUCCCAAACAAUGAACUAAAAUGAGCUAAAAUGAGAGAAACUGCAGAGUUAGGUGGUUAUUUUCACAUUUUCCAUACAUUUUUUAUGUGGUAGCGCUGCAUGUUAAUAAAAAAAUAUCAGUUAGUGCAGCUUUAAGUGUUGCAGAUCCCUUUAGAAAUUCAUAGUUAAUGAAAUUACACGCUGCUGAUUGACGUGCACUGAGGAUUUUACAGCCCCUGAGGGUGGAUGCUAGCACAAAGGUGAAUGCUAAGAAGGUGUGAUUCAUUAGUGCCAGUUUCUCCAAUGAGCUCACUUUGAUUUUACCAAUUAAACCCACAUAUUCUGAAUAAACUGCGACAGCUCGAGUGUUGAUGGGAACUGAAACUGCAAAAAAAAAGAACCCAUAUUGUAAUAAACUGCUGUAGAAUGAUUGUGUCAAGUGAUGUCAGUUGCACAAAAACUACAUCUGCAAACGGAUGGGGAAUCCUUUGUGCCUUUUAGAUGGAGGCUUUGCCAUUAUAAUGUAGAUGGCUUCUAUUUAGACAGAGUUUAAUAUAGAAUAAAGGUUUAAUUCCUUCCCUUUGCAGGGAUUUGAGCUGCCCUGAGCCUCCAUAGUGAAACCGAACGCAGCGUUCUUUUAUCUGGACCACACCCUGCAGUUGUUUUAUUAAACCAGUGUUUGUUUUUUGAAAAAAUUCUGAUUAAUGCCAGUAUUGUUUCUGUCUUUGUAUUGGACACUGUCACAGAUAACGGUUUGUGUUUGUAGGUACGAUGCAUGCAUCAUAUUUUCUGCAGUCAUUUUUAAAACAUUUUUUUCUUUUUGUUGUGAGAUACUAAUCAUGCUGUAAACACGAGAUGUAUUCUGAACCUUAAGGCAGACUGUGUAAAUUGUCCUUUCAGAUGUUAUUAAUAAAUAUUUCUAUACAUA